GUGAUUCCACGUAGCGCAAAAGUAAAAAAAAAAAAAAAAUGCACCCCGCUCGCAUUACAAAUACAAAGAGUGGCACGUUUUUUUUUUUUUCAUAUUUCUUUCGUGUUAUUCAAAUGCAUUCAACGAAAUUACUGUUAUACUCACUCAGUGUUAUCUCACUGGCAAUUUUACCUAGUCUUCAACAUGAUGUGAAGGGGCCUCAAUUUCCUUUACAAGAACCAGCACCUGUCAAUUUUGUACAAAAUAUAUUAACUUCUGACAAUGCCAAAGAUUACUGCAAUCCUUCUGGACAGAUUAGAGACACUUGUUGUGAUUACCAAAGUAUUGAAACGAUUCAAAAUGACGUUUUCGACAAAGUUCAAGAAUUAGUUCAAACCAAGUUCUUUCGUUAUUACAGAGCAGAUUUAUGGAAAGAUUGCCCUUUUUGGAACGAAGAUGCACUAUGUACAAACCGUGAUUGCUCUGUCGCCACGACUGACGAGCAACUUUUACCAGCGGAUUGGAGAAAGGAUGCAUUAAGUGCUAUUCAAUUAUCACCAAAAGGAUCCCUUUUCCAACCAUUCAAACAAUGCUCGUACAAGGAUCAAGAUUUCUGUCUUGUAGAUGAUCAAUUGGACUCUGAUAGUGUUGUCUAUAUUGAUUUAAUGGAUAAUCCCGAGCGAUUUACUGGAUAUGCAGGCCCAUCAUCCGGACGAGUCUGGAAAGCCAUCUAUGAAGAAAACUGUUUUGAUAUUGUACACCAAAUGACAGAAGGAUGUGAGACAUGUAACAAUAUUAUGAAUUUGGGAGAGAGCAAACAAAAAGCAGCCCCUUUUGCCCACGUACCUGAUAAAAAAGCUGAAUUGCAACGAUUCUUGAGUGAUUUGGCGGAAGAGUCUGAUGGUGGUAUGGAAAGUAAUGAUGAAGUGUGUUUGGAAAAACGUGUUUAUUAUCGUUUGAUCUCUGGUCUUCAUUCGUCCAUUUCCAUCCAUAUCUGUAAUGAAUGGUUUGAUAGAGAAACAGGUGUUUGGGGCCCUAAUUUGGAUUGCUUUGUCAAUCGCAUUGGAUCUCAUCCUGAACGUCUUCAAAAUGUAUAUUUCACCUAUGCGCUCCUUUUAAGAGCCGUUCAAAAACUCGGACCUUAUCUUGAUCAAUAUGAUUUCCGCACUGGAAGUAAUGCAGAGGAUCAAAAGACGAGAUUCAUGGUUCAGGAUUUAAUUAAGAGCACGGAUUCAUGUCCAUCCACUUUUGAUGAAAAGCUAAUGUUCAAUGGUCCUGAAGCACAGGUUCUCAAGAAGGAAUUCAAAGACCAUUUCCGUAAUGUAUCUAAAAUUAUGGAUUGUGUGGGUUGUGAAAAAUGUAGACUCUGGGGUAAAGUUCAGACCGUUGGUUUGGGAACUGCAUUGAAGGUCUUGUUUUCGUACGAGGAUAAAUCAUUAAACCCUAUCACCAACCCAGAUUUGUUUGAAAGAGGCGAGAUUGUAGCACUCUUUAAUACAUUUAAUCGAUUUUCAGAAAGUGUUCAUGGAAUUAAAAGAUUCCGAAACUUGUAUAUUGAUAGAAUGACACCAAAGUUGACUUUGGCCCAAAAGAUCACGCUUCAUUUCCGACAAGUGUUGUCCCAUUUACUGACACUGCUUAAAAGUUGGAAUAUACCCGUCCCUCACUCUCUUGAAAUUUUAGCCUCCUAAUUUUUUUUUUUUUUUU